UGCGGAGGUAGUCAUUCCGGACAAUGCCUUUUAUAAACCCGAUGGUAGUCAACACAAUGGUGUUGUUAAGGCAGCAAUUAAUUUUAUUUCUCCUCAAGAUAUUGUCAGUGUGCACACAAUGGUAGGUGAUUUGACAUUCGUUGAUAACAAUGGUGAUGUUGGUUCACUCGAAACAUUUGGAAUGUUCCAUAUGGAAUUCAAUGAUGCCUCUGGUAAAGAACUUAAUAUAAAAGGAGAUGUCAACAUGGCUAUACGUGCUGAUGUUAUCGGGAAAGAACUUGAAAACAGCACCACUGUUAAGCUUUGGUCCCUCAAUCCGUCAUCCGGAAGGUGGGAAUACGAGAGCACGCUCGAGCGGGUCUCUUCAUCAAGAAAAAAGCGAUCUCAAAGCCAGCAAUCGACCGAUUUUUUCGUUGGUAAUACCAGCAUAACGGAUCGUUAUUGGUUCAAUUUUGAUGAUGAUUCGCUUAAUUUCUGUUUUGUCAAAAUCAAAGCAUAUGCUGAUUCUAAUUUAAGGGAACCGUUAGAAUGGUUGAAUACAUUCGAACCAUCUGUGAUUUCCAAAGAUAUUUCAGAAUCAGGGAUGAUUGAUGGCCGGGUUCUUACUGGUAGUAGCAGCAGCAAUUUCGGAAUAGGUUCAAAGGAUGAUUGCAUACUUACUGUUUGUCGUCCGUCUAACUUUCAUGCAUACCUAUUCUUUGAAGAUCAAAAUGGGGCAUUCAGUGCUUCUCCGAGACUGGGUGGGUCAAAUCAAAACGUUCCGGGCGUGACCGUAAAGGUGAAACAGUUAGCUGAUACCAUUGAAGCAACUAGAUCUAGAGUCAUUGAAACAGAAGUUGAACCUCUCAGGUCUAAUGGUCCUUUAUAUCAAAGUGAUACUGAGUGUCUCAGUGCAAGUGAUACAGAUCCGCAUUAUGCCUUUUAUCAAAAUGAAAUUUCACUAUUUGAAUAUUCUGUUUGUGAAAAUGUGAUGUCAUGUACAGAAAAUCGCCAUCUCGCGUGGUUUCCCUUAACUGGCAAUAUGUAUCGGGCUUGGUAUAUAAAGGUUCAGGUAGUCCCGGUAAGUUAUGUUAAGGAAUAUACAGUUCGUGUGGUAAGCAAAGGUGGGAUGCAUCAAGAUACUAUGGGGAAAGUAUUUGGUAUUCGUGAAGAUGUUACUUCUAGUCAGUCAGUAUGUAUCGAAUUUAAGGGUAGUGGAAAUAUAAUUGCAUUGUCUAAUUUUUCAGAACUUGAUGUAACUGUUAUAGAAAUCUAUGUACAAGGUACAGGUUGUCGGGUUAAGACUACUGCAGAUGGCUUGGAACAAUAUAGAAUUACUCCAGUUCCGUCAAACAAUAACCAAACACCGCCUUUGAUCUCUUUCGAAACUCCAUUAGCAUUUGGUGACAACUUUGGCUUAUACGAAGCUGAGAACGUUGAUAUGGAAACAGCAAAAUCAAUAGCAAAAUCGAGAUGUGAGUGUAGCAAAGAUGACAUUAGAAAUUGUGAAACACCAGACUCAGAGAGUGGAGAGGCAGUCGUUAUCGAAUGUUUUUCAUAGUAGGACGAGACGAAAUCAUAAAUUUUCCCAGGAUAAGCUUGCACAAUUUACAGAAAAAAUAUUUCAAAUGUUGUCUCGCAUUCAUACUGCUAUUAUGACUUGAUUAACAGUGAAACUCCAUAUUUAUAUCUCAGUAUACAGCAUAUUUAACAUGUGUCAGUAAUCUUAACCUUCUGUUAACGGUCUCAUAGGAUCGAAGAGGGCCAUAUAACCUCCUUAUCUGAAAUAAAAAGGCUUACCUUGCGUGGCAACUGAUUCCGCGU